UUUAAUUAUUUUUUCAGGACAAUCAACCCCUAUACUUCCCUCGCCAAUUGAAGAGCAGAAAAAAAUUAUUCGUUGCCAUUUUAUUGGAGUAACUCAAGUACCCCGCGCUACCGGAAUAGAAAUGCUCAAUGAAGCAGUUGAUCGACUAUUAAAAGAAGUACAAAAAGAACGCUGGACUCUUGUAGAUGUCCACAUAUCUCCCUCAGUUAUAGCUAUAUUUGAAGCUAAAGGUGUUAAAAGGCAAAUUGCUUCAUGUCGUGUUCGUUACCUCUCCUUUUUGGGAAUUGGAAGGGAUACAAAGCACUGCGCUUUCAUAGUAGCUCAAUCCGCUGAUCAUUUUAUUUGUUAUGUCUUCCAUACCGAACCUUCAGCAAAUUCACUAGCAAAGACAAUUGAGGCAGCUUGUAAACUGCGCUAUCAGGCAAGUUUUCUAUUUGAAAAAGUACUAGAUGCACACUUAACUAGCCCCAACGACCCUUUAUCCCGCUCAAUGCCAACGUUGGAUGAAUGGAACCAAACUCAACGAGGCACUCGUUUCUAGUCAAAUAAAAUAGAAAAUGACCAAAAAUUCUUUCAAGUUGCCUUUAAAAACCUUAUAAACUACUAGUCCCUUAUAUAAAAUCACAAAAAUUUCUUCUAUAUCACCAAUU